UCGUCUGCAUGCUAGCACUGCUCCUUGGACCCCUCGUGAGGGCGCGCGUGUAGUUGUCGCUACCUUUGAAAUAUUUGAAAAAUGGAGGAGCCUUACGCGGGGCGCUGCGCAGUGUGCGCCACCUACCAGCUUGCCCGUUCGGCUAUCUGGCGCGCCCUAUCUGCUUUGACGUUCUGCCGGUCUCGUGGCACUGACGUAAUCCUGUGCACCAGGCCAGGCUCGCUGUCGGAGCGUAGUGAGCGUUGCCAAGGGCAGCCGGCAACUCUCAGCGGUAUCGCUCGACGCCAUCCGCCGGAAUCAAAUGCCGUCAAACAGCAUGUCGUCGUCACCACUACGUGUUCUCAAGACGUUCGCUGCGUCAGGUUCGUUGUGUGCGCACUGUUCACAUUUGUACUGCGCUUCAAUACACGUGUAUGCGAACGUUAGACCUGUGGUCUCGUGGCGGCACAGUUACCGCAACGAGUGCGAAGUGUGCCCGUAGCGCCUACUGGAGCCACAUGGCACGCGGUGGUCCAGUUGUUUCGAAGUUCAUGCAGACGAUGGGAAAAUGUGUUCGCCACGUCGUUCCCCCAUGAAGGUUGUUAUCAACGGUGAUAACGACGGAAUGAUAAUGAGCCAUCAUAUUUCUGCUGCUCGUUCUGUGUGUCCUCGUCAGCACAACUUUGGUUUAAUCUCCUUGCUUUUGUUUGCCUCUGUUCUCUCUGUGGGCCUCCAGUGAUGGCUUUGUGUGUGCAUAUGACAGAACCGCGCAAUCGAGCUGUGAAACGCCAGUCAAAGUUUGUGCGCGUCGCCCCCGGCAGAGUUGGAUCGCACCCGAUAUGUUGUCAUCUACAGCGAAAACACUACGCCGAAUAGAUUGGCUGGCGUUCGUGCUCGUAACGUGCACGUACUGUUCGUCCGAGGCCAAAGAAUGGCGCAGAGCGAACGCCACCUGCCCAAAGCUGUCGCAUUGCCAGUGUACUGUCGUAAAGAAAGGGGCUUUGACCUCGUGCAGGAACGUCGUCAAGAGACAAGAACUGGACGCAGACAUGGCCAAGUUAGCGGGCAUCGUCCACUCGAGACUCACUUUCGAUGAUGUCCAAAUCACAGAGCUGCCAGCUUCGUGGUUCUCCAACCAUUCAGUAAUCAUGCUAGUCGUCAAAAACUCCCCCCUUCGCGAGAUCGAAACGGGGGCCGUCAGCGGCAUCGACAGGCUAUCGCGCCUGCUGCUGGAGAAGGACCAAAUCGAGGUUGUGCCGUACGAUCUGAGUGCAGCGAAGCGCCUGCGCUGGCUUUAUAUACGAAAGAACCACAUCAGAUCCCUGCAAGGCAUGUUAUCUUUGCCCGAACUGUUCGAAUUGGAUCUACGCUUCAACGCCAUUGAGACGAUAGAUGAAAAAUAUUUCUCGGGAAUGGCUAAUCUGCGGAGUCUUCUGCUGUCUUCAAAUAAGAUACAGCACCUGCCGCGUAUGCUUUUCAAAGAUACGAAAAAGUUGAAGUAUGUGGAGUUUCGCAGCAACCGGAUUACAAUGAUCAACGCCUUGUUCGACGAUCUGCGCUACCUAGAGGUCCUCGAUUUAAGCCGCAACGUGAUCACAGACAUCGACGAUUUAAUGGCAUCCAGAAUGCCUUACCUGAAAACUAUUAAUCUCGAGGAUAACCGCAUAAACGUUAUCCCUGAGAUAUCAGCGUCCAAUGCAAUGAUUGAAAGAGUUCUUCUUAAUAGGAACCAAAUUAACGAAGUAAGGCACGGAGCCUUCGCGUCACUGGAAGCAAUGUCUCGUGUCGAGAUGAGCAACAACAGCUUAUCCUCCUUGGACAAGUCGGUUUUCCAUGCGGACUCAAAGUUGGAACAUCUUGCACUGUCAGGAAACGACAUAACCAGCAUACGAGGGACGUUCAGAAAUAUCCAUUGGAUUAAAGAAUUGGUCUUGGCCUUCAACGAAAUAGAGGACAUAACGGAUGCCUUCAAGGAACUUGCGCUACUAAGGGUGCUUUCGCUGAGGAACAACUUUGUGUCCCAUGUUCGAGAUGGCACUUUCAGCGACAACCCUGGACUUGUUGAGAUAAAUUUGAGUAAUAACAAAAUACAGUGGAUCGGAAGAAACGCCUUCAAGGGUCUUGUGACGCUGAACAAAUUGAUUCUCCAUGGCAACCAGUUGCUGUCCCUCAACGGCUCUGUAAGUAAUCUGCUCUUCGUGCAAUAUCUGGACGCCUCGUUUAACGCAAUACAGUCCUUGGAAGAGGGAGAGUUUUCCAACAACGGCCAUUUGACUUACAUCCAACUAGCGUACAACAACAUCAGCGGCGUGCGAGGGGCAUUCACUGGAGCCACAAGCCUGGUGGGGCUCGUGCUUAGAGGAAACCAAGUGCGGUUGCUACGGCGCACUGACUUCACCGAGCGACUGACUACCAAGCCGACUCUCACUCUUGACGACAACCCUUUGAUGUGUGACUGCAGACUGGCUUGGCUCCUGGGACGGAAUAGCGAAGUACGGACGCGAAGUUACCCGAAAUGCGAGAGCCCGCCGUGGCUGAAGGGAACGCUGUUGCGUAACCUUACGAGGCAACAGGUGAUCCGGUGGCAAGACAACUGCGAGCUGGGUUGCCGGUGCGACUGCCGCGAAGACUCCCUCGGUGAACGAACCAUCGCCGUCGACUGCUCGUCGGCGGCACUCAACCGCACGCCGCAAGCAUUCCCAGAAGACACGACGCGGCUGGAACUCCGCGACAACCGCAUCGAAGGCCUUGACGACGCUCUCAUCAAAGGCGCGCCACGCCUCGAAGUUCUAUCGCUCAGAAAUAAUCUUCUGACCGGUCUCAAUGUUACCCAGAUUCCCGAAAGUGUUCGCUCUCUCGACCUGAGUGGCAACCGUAUGAAGCGGCUCCCCUACGAUCUCGUGACGGGGCGCAACUUGGUGACUUUGAGGCUGUCCGCCAACCCUUUCGUGUGCGAGUGCACCGACUACCCUUUCAGACAGUGGAUCGAAGCUCAUGGUCACACAAUUUUGGAUGCUGGAGACAUUGUGUGCGCGGAAAACCCCAAUUCACCGGUGUCUUCGAAAGCGUUCGCGACUCUAGGACAGAAAGAGCUUUGCCCGGCAGCUGUACCAGGCGUCAUAGCGUACCUGCUACCUGUCUUGGUGUCGCUGGUGAUCGCGCUGGCGCUGUCGGCGGUCUACCUGCGCUACAAGCGCGAGCUGAAGGUGUGGCUGUACGCGCGCGGCGUGUGCCGCUCGCUGCAGUGCAUCAAGGAGGACGAGCUGGACGAAGAGAAGCUGUUCGACGUGUUCCUCUCGUUCAGCAGCAAAGACGCCGGCUGGGUGCACGCGCAGCUGCUGCCCGGCGUCGAGGCGCUCGGUUUCUCGGUCUGCACCUACGAGCGGAACUUCAAGGGCGGCUUCCUGCUGCAGGACAUCAUCCGCGACGCUGUGGCAUGCUCCAGGCGCACGUUGCUGCUGCUCACGGGGAACUUUUUGGAGAGUGAAUGGUGUCGCUGGGAGUUCCGUCUGGCGUACCAGCGCGCUCUCGACGACCACGUCAACCGGUUGGUGAUCGUGCUUGUCGACGAGGUCGCUCCCGGGUCACUGGACGAGGAUCUCCGUGCAUACGUGCAGGCCACGAAUUACGUACGCUGGGGAGAGCCGUACUUCUGGGACAAGUUGCUGUACUCGCUUCCCAAGAGAAACGCCAAACGGAAGCUCAUCGUCGACAGGCGGCAGGAGUACCCCGUGACACAUAUCACCGGCGCCGUACAGGAAUAGGAAUAAAAUGUGCUUCGCUAG